AUGGCUGAGGAGACUGUUGUGAAGAAGCGGAAGGUGAUGGUGGCACUUGACGGCAGCGAGUUUAGCCGCCAGGCGUUCGACUUCGCCGUCGCAAAGAUCUUCCGACCGGAGAAGGACCUGGUGGUGCUGUUCAACGUCCGAGCUGCUAGCGGCGAUGAAGCACCAAAGUUGUUCCCGCGCAUCGGAACCCGCGACCCCUACAAGCGCCUCGGGCUCGGCCGCGACGCGUCGACGGAGGAGAUAACGGAGGCGAAGAACUAUCUGGUGGAGGAGUACAAGGGCCACGAGCGGAGCCGCGAAGCCAUCGAGGAGGCGUUCGACAAAAUCAUCGCGGAGAAGUUUAGAGAGCGGCGGAAGUCCAAAAUCAAUCUGAAGGCUGACCUCAAGAAGAAGGUGGCUGAGGCCCCUCCCUGGAUCCAGGCGCUCAUCGACAUGGUGGAUGUGCCCAAGCCGGCGGUGAUUGCACAGCGGGGUGUGCUUUUCGCUCUCAUCGCCGUAUGGAGUAUCAUGAACCCUGCUGAGGGCGGGCCCGCCUUCCAGGUCGCUGUAGCUCUGGGCCUCUCAGUGUACCUCAUUAAUGAGCGGCUUAAGAGCAUUACCAGAGCACUCAUUAUCGGGUUCGCCACGCUCGUGGUUGGCUGGAUCACCGGUUCCUUCCUCGUGCCGUUCAUCCCAGAGGGCAUUUUUCCCGGCUUCUGGAGUCUCGAGCUUGGCACGUCUCUUGUCACCUACGUCUUCCUCUGGUUCUCUACCACCUUCCUCAAGUGA